UCGGCUGUUGUUCUGUCAAACUCGUUUAUACCACAAGCGCAAUGUCAAACUUGAUUUCAUAAUAUUUUGUCAUAUUCCAUAGCCAGCGACUGUAUUUAUACCACCACAUCAUCAAUAUUUUCAUUGAAAACAGAGUAAACGAAAGAUUUUACGAAAUUUUCAUCGAUCAUUUCAUGUGAAUACAUAAUGCCGACUUGUCGAGUGUGCAGAAAAGAAAAGGAAUGCCUGAUUUCUUUGACAUUGGGUGAUGGAGCGGAACAUGAGGCACAUAUGCUGAGCCAAUUCAUUGAUCCAAACAUCAAGUAUCAAUCGAGCUACAUUUGCCUGUCAUGCACACGGAAAUUAGAAGUGACGUAUAAUUUCAAGAAGCAAUGCGAAAAGUCUUUUGCAGUCACCCAGAUGAAUCAGAACCAAGCGCCACCAAAUGAUACAACCGAAGAUGAAUGUUUACUUGUCCCAUUGGACGAUCAAGACCCAUUGAUAGAACCAAUGUACGAGGAAAAUUUUGUAAAUUCAGACACCGGCCAAAGCAAAAAAUUCAAAUGUCAUAUCUGUGAAAAGUGUUUCUGUACCUCGUGGUACCUUACAGACCAUAUCCAACGUCACAAGGAAAAGAAGAACCAACACUACUGUCCAUUGUGCAAUCUGAAAUUUUUGACAACAUCACUUUACAAAAAGCAUUUGUCCUCUGCACAUUGAACACGAAUCUUUUGUGCUAAAUUAGAUCAUUUAAUUGAUAAAUAAAACGUUUUCGUCAAAU